AUGGUCUCUGUCAGCUUUCUCCUCCUCGGUUCUGCCCUCAAUGUCGUUUCUCUCGGGGCUGCUGAUCAACCUCGCGCCCAGGAUGACUUUUCUCCGCGAUGCGCUUCCCUGACUGCCAAACUACAAAUUUCUGGAGGAAACGUCUCAUUUACCGAGUUUGUUGCUGCCGGCACGACGCUACAGUUUCCACAAGUCGACCCUUCGUGUACUCGUCCGUCACAAGCGGUAUCAGCCAAUAUCUGCCGCGUGGGAUUGAACGUCAAAACUUCACCUACCUCUAGCAUCAGAAUGGAGGUCUGGCUUCCACAGAACUGGACCGGUCGUUUCUUGAGCACCGGGAACGGUGGACUUGGUGGGUGUAUCCAAUACGAGGACCUCGAUUAUGCAACAUCACUCGGGUUUGCGUCUGUGGGCACGAAUAAUGGCCACGAAGGAAUGACCGGCGUGGCGUUCCUCGACAAUUUCGGCGUGAUUGAGGACUUUGCGUAUCGUGCCGUUCACACUGGCGUUGUUAUUGGCAAGCAAGUCAGCGAAACAUUCUAUGGCAAAGCACACUCAAAGAGCUACUACCUUGGAUGCUCCACCGGUGGACGGCAAGGUUUCAAAGCAGUCCAGACUUUUCCCAACGAUUCCGAUGGCGUUGUCGCUGGCGCUCCUGCCUUUUCGUUCAACAAUCUUACUUCCUGGAGUUCGGGAUUCCUUCCUCUUACCGGAACUCCAGAGUCUGCGACAUUCGUCCCUCUCGCCAUGUGGCCCGUUAUCCAUCAGGACAUUUUGGCCCAGUGCGACAUGCUUGACGGUGUAGCAGACGGUAUUCUUGAAUCUCCAUAUUUAUGUAACUACGACCCGUCCGGCCUCCUUUGCGCAUCUGGACAAAACGAUACGUGUCUUACGGCAGCCCAAGUACAGACAGUUCGCAGGACUUACGCGCCUCUCCUUGAUUCUGAUAGCAGUCUCAUCUAUCCACGCUUACAACCUGGUGCUGAAGCCACAGAAGCACCGUUUACCUUGUUUACUGGGAGGGUAUUUGGUUCAUCUGAUUGGUUCAAAUAUGCUAUCCUCAAAGAUCCUUCGUGGGAUCCCAUGACACUCUCUCUAGCCGAUAUGCAUCUCUCAUCGCACUUGAAUCUGGGCGACAUUGACACCUGGAAUGGAGACUUGUCGCCUUUCAAAGCGAAGGGUGGUAAAUUGCUUCACUAUCAUGGCCUCAUAGACGGUGUCAUCACUAGUGAGAACUCGCCGCGAUAUUACGAACAUGUCUCCAAGACGAUGGGCCAGUCGCCAGCUCAACUAGACGAUUUCUAUCGUUUCUUCCGUAUCUCGGGCAUGUCGCACUGCAGCGGCGGACCCGGGGCAAGUCUUAUCGGAAACCAAGCGCGUAACUCUGCAAGCCUUGACCCAGAGGAGAACGUUCUCAUGGCCAUGGUACGGUGGGUGGAGCAGGAUAUCGCGCCAGAAGUGGUUGUAGGGACUAGAUACAGAAACGGCACAGCCAGUAGCGGUGUUGACUUCAAGAGGAGGCAUUGCAAGUGA